AUGAAGCGCCAGACGACGAAGUCGGGCGCGCCGACGUCAAAGAGUGAAGCGACGAGGGCGUGGAAUCAAUGCUGGAAGGACUUACCGCAGGCUAAAAUACAGGCUUGGAUUGAACGAAUCCCGUUCCAUAUUCAAGAGGUAAUAAGGCUUGAAGGCGGUAACGAGUACCGCGAAGGACGACGGAUUCGACCUGAGAGUAAUGGUGAUUUUUGGGAUGUGGUUUUACAGCGGCAACGGCAACGACAGCGACCUUCACCCACGCCGCAGUUUGACCCUAAAGGCUGGGAAAACGUUAGUGACGAUAGCUUCACUUCUAAUAGUGCCCUCGCCGGCGACGAGAUGCUGUACCUACUAACAGGGCGCCGUUAA